AUGUUAGCUAGAGCCAGAACCUCGGUGGCUCGUUCAAUAACCCAGUCCGGUAGAAGAUUCAACUCCUCCUCUUCCCAUGAUUCCCACCACAAAGUGACCGAGAGCAAACCGAUCGAGAUUAACCUCGCCAAAGUGUUCGGUAUUGCAGCAGCAGCUGGUGCUCUUUUGGUGUACAAGAACCACGAAAAGACUGACAAGCCGUUAGUUUCAACCCCAUUGUACAACGAGCAAAGCAGCGGUGAACGUGAAAAUGCCAGAAAUGAAAACUACUUGAAAAGAUACAAGACAUCCUUCAUCAAGGAACUCAUUAGAGACAAGGGUGGAAUAGGCCAAAAGCAAUACAGAAGAAUCACCGACACUUCCGCUAUUCCUAACGUUUUAAUUCCUAGUCACUCUCCUUACGGAAACCAAUUUGGUAGUGGUAUCAAGACCGACCAAUUGGGCCCCAGAAAGGAAAGAAUUAGAAUCUACGCUCCAAUUGACACUGCUUCCAGUGCUUAA